GUGACCAAUGGCGUCUCGCAGGCUGCAACAAGGAACAACUUAUGCAGCCAAUCGCCGCGCGCUCCUGUUGACACGUCAGCGAAGCAAUCAUGGCGGCUCACAUGCUCCGAGCUGGAAGACGACUUGUCCCACAGGAGAGCAGCUGGCUCCUGCCCACAGCCUGGCAGUUGUAUCCUGAAGCAUGCCGUCAUCACCAUCACUCUGCAGGCCCCUCACUGCGCUACAUACCCCGCCGGGCGGUUCUCUACUGCCCUGGCAAUGAUGAGCGAAAAUUGAGGAAACUGGCCUCGUUGGAUGUUGACUGUGCCAUCUUGGACUGCGAAGAUGGCGUAGCCCUGAGCAAAAAGACCGAGGCCAGAGAGACCAUUUCCAGGGUGCUGGCGGAACUGGAUCUUGGCCGGACGGAGAAAUGUGUGAGAGUGAACUCGGUGUCCAGUGGCUUAGCUGAAGCUGACCUGCAGGUCAUUCUGCACGGCAAGGUUCUGCCUCCUACCGUCAUGUUGCCCAAAGUGGAAGACGCACAGGAGGUGCAAUGGUUUGUUGACAGGUUUCAGCACAACUUGAAAGGACAGACACUGACAGAACCCAUUCGCCUGGUCACCUAUGUGGAAACCGCUGUGGGCCUGCUCAAUUUUAAGGCGGUGUGUGAGGAAAUCCGUCGACUUGCUCCCAAGGCUGGUCUUCACCAUGACGCUGUAGUGUUUGGCUCUGAUGACUUCUGUGCCAGCAUAGGUGCCUCGCGGACUAAAGAUGCCAAGGAGCUCCUUUAUGCCAGGCAGAAGGUGGUUGUGACCACCAAAGCAUUUGGGCUACAGGCCAUCGACCUGGUCUACAUUGACUACAAAGAUGUGGAGGGGCUGAGGCUGCAGGCCAGAGAAGGAGCUCUCAUGGGCUUCACGGGUAAGCAGGUUAUCCAUCCAUGGCAGAUCCAGCCUGUACAGGAAGAGUUCUCCCCCAGUCCGGAGAAGAUCCAGUGGGCUGAGGAGCUCAUUGCUGCUUUUGAGCAACAUCAGAAGGAGGGCAAGGGUGCGUUCGCCUUCCGCGGCAGCAUGAUUGACAUGCCCUCGAUGAAGCAGGCGCAGAACAUUGCAGCGUUGUCCAAAGUGAUGCCAGAGUAACGCAGAGUGCGGGACAAAAAGGAAGCUCACGACUAAAGUGGGACCCACAGUAGCACUUGCAAAAAAAAGUAAUGAUUGCCAGACAUACGGGAAGACUGACAUUAUUGGUUUUAAUUUCAUUUUGUAAUAAUUGUUGGUGCAUUAAAUUCAUCUGUGUGUUAUUGCAGCUGCAGAUGACUGUUUUUUCUUCUGUCGAGGCAAACACAAACUCUGCACAUAGUGAGAAACAACGUCAGCAAACCUUUGGAAACCAAGUGACGGAGAUUAUUACUCUGUUUAGGCACUUUCUUGGCAGCGCAUGCACCAUCAUGACACUCUCCAUUGUUUGUGUGUGUGUGUGUGUGUGUGCGCGCGCCUCUGCCUCCCAUCACUUCUAACUCAUGAUGAAUGCUCUUGCAUCUCCACGGUCCAGGCAGCUGGGCAAAAGGGUAAACAAACACAACAAGCCACUGUUGAGGAUCUAUUCAUUGGGCCCCAGCCUUCCAGUCAGGCCUCAGCCCCCUGCCCAGGGCCUAACUCACAAACAUCAAAGUCCUGCUCGCUGAAAGAAAAAACAAAAACAAACCACCGAUGGAAGUGUGUUAACUCACGAUUUAGCUUUUUUGUGUCAGUCUUUUUAGCAAAGACACGCAGCUCGCUCUGUGGAAGCUGCGAGCCUGUGGUCUUGAUGGAGAAGGCGUGCAGCGUCAGACACACCAUGACCUGCACGCAAAAGUAAACACUGCAUACAUUCACAUGCUGCGGUAGAAUACUUAACCUGAUCUCUCAUUUAACACAGAGAGUCUACCUUGGAUUUCCAGCCACUGUUUUUGAGAUGACUUAACCCGUUUUUCUUUUUUAUAGCGGCAUAUUUAAAAUAAAACGGCGUUUAAUCAGCAGUGAGUGGAGUGAAGUAGUUUGUUGUGCUGUCAUUAAUAGAAGCACAAUGGUGCUCUUUGGAGCGCUUGUGCACAUGUGACUUCCAGAGACAGUGAAGUGGAUGUGAUGUAAAGACUGAGACAGAUUAGUGACCAUGUUGCUCCAGCAGACCAGGACCGAGGCUUUGUCUCUCUGACUGUGGAUGGGAGGAUAAUUGGGGGGGUGUUGAAUGGUUAAUAGUGCCAUUGGUGACCAUGGUAAUGAAAGGCACCAUACCUCCCUUAGCCACCUCAUCCACUCAUCUCUCCCCUUCUCUCUCUCCCCUAAUGUAUGAUCUAUUGUGUCUGGGGCAGGACUGUGAUCUGUGCCAGGCCAG